GAGCUGGGCCAGGUCCGGGGCGGGGCUUUGGCGUGGGCGGGGCUUCCUCGAGUUCCGGAGUCGAGUCGCUUCCCUUGGCCGGAGCGGAGAUGCAGCCGCCGCCCCGAAAAGUGAAGCCGGCCCAGGAGGUGAAGCUUCGCUUCUUGGAGCAGCUGAACAUCCUUCAGACCCGGCAGCAGAGGGAGGCGGAUCUGCUGGAGGACAUCAGGUCCUACAGCAAGCAGAGGGCAGCCAUUGAACGAGAAUAUGGACAGGCACUUCAGAAACUGGCAGGGCCAUUCCUGAAGAGAGAAGGGCACCGGAGUGGAGAGAUGGACAGCAGACCUUCUCUGGGGAGAGGCAGGAUGGUGUUUGGUGCCUGGCGCUGCCUGCUGGAUGCCACCGUGGCUGGGGGCCAAGCCCGGCUCCAGGCGUCUGACCGAUACCGUGACCUGGCAGGGGGCACAGGGCGGAGUGCCAAGGAGCAGGUGCUCAGGAAGGGAGCAGAGAACCUCCAGAGGGCGCAAGCAGAGGUGCUGCAGUCAGUCCGGGAGCUGAGCCGAAGUCGGAAGCUGUAUGGGCAGCGGGAACGUGUGUGGGCCUUGGCACAGGAGAAGGCGGCUGAUGUCCAGGCUAGACUGAACCGAAGUGACCACGGGCUCUUCCACACUCGGGCCAGUCUCCAGAAACUCAGCACCAAGCUCUCUGCCCAGUCAGCCCAGUACUCCCAGCAGCUGAGAGCAGCCCGCAAUGAGUACCUGCUCAACUUGGUGGCCACCAAUGCCCACCUUGACCACUACUACCAGGAGGAGUUGCCAGCCCUGCUCAAGGCCCUGGUCAGUGAGCUGUUGGAACACUUGAGGGACCCCUUGACCUUGCUAAGCCGCACUGAGCUGGAAGCUGCAGAGAUGGCCCUGGAGCAUGCCCGCCGUGGAGGGCAGGCAACCUCCCAGGUAAGCUGGGAGGAAGAUCUGAAGCUCUUUCUUCAGGAACCUGGAGUAUUUUCCCCCACACCACCUCAAGAGUUUCAGCCUGCAGGGACUGAUCAGGUUUGCACCCUGGAGCUGGAGGGGGAUGCAGGAGGCAUGGCGGGGGACCGUAGCCUGGAGAAAGAGGUUCAGCGCUGGACGAGCCGAGCUGCCCGAGACUACAAGAUCCAGAACCAUGGGCAUCGGGUGCUGCAGCGGCUGGAGCAGAGGCGACAGCAGGCCCCAGGGCGGGAGGCGCCAGGUCUAGAACAGCGGCUGCAGGAAGUGAGGGAGAGCAUCCGGCGGGCACAGGUGAGCCAGGUGAAGGGGGCUGCCCGGCUGGCCCUGCUCCAAGGAGCUGGCCUGGAUGUGCAGCGCUGGCUGAAGCCAGCCAUGACCCAGGCACAGGAUGAGGUAGAGCAGGAGCGACGGCUCAGUGAGGCCCGGCUAUCCCAGAGGGACCUCUCUCCCACGGCUGAGGAUGCUGAGCUCUCUGACUUUGAGGAAUGUGAGGAGACAGGGGAGCUCUUUGAGGAGCCUGCCCCUGUAGCCUUGGCCACCAGGCCCCUCCCCUGCCCAGCACAUGUGGUGUUCAGCUAUCAGGCAGGGCAUGAGGAUGAGCUGACCAUCACAGAGGGCGAGUGGCUGGAGGUCAUAGAAGAGGGAGAUGCUGAUGAAUGGGUCAAGGCUCGAAACCAGCACGGGGAGGUAGGCUUUGUCCCUGAGCGGUAUCUCAACUUCCCGGACCUCUCCUUCCCUGAGAGUGGCCACGACAGUGACAAUCCCUCAGGGGUAGAGCCCACAGCCUUCCUGGCCCGUGCCCUAUACAGCUACACAGGACAGAGUGCGGAGGAGCUGAGCUUUCCAGAGGGGGCGCUUAUCCGCCUGCUGCCCCGGGCCCAGGAUGGAGUGGAUGAUGGCUUCUGGAGAGGAGAAUUCGGGGGCCAUGUGGGGGUUUUCCCCUCCCUGUUAGUGGAGGAGCUGCUUGGCCCCCCAGAACCCCCUGAACUCUCAGACCCUGAACAGAUGCUGCCAUCCCCUUCUCCUCCUAGCUUCUCACCUCCUGUGCCCACCUCUGCCUUGGAGGGAGCCCCUGCAUCUGCGCUGCCUGUGGACCAAGAUCUGGACUGCCCUGGACCCCUGGACAUGAUGGUACCUCGACUCAGGCCGAUGCGUCCACCACCUCCCCCACCAGCUAAAGCCCCAGAUCCUGGCCACCCAGAUUCUCUCACCUGAAGCCAGGGGGAUUGCUGUCCCCCAGUGAUGCUGCUGUCCCUAUACCCAAGAUGUCAGAGAACACCCCCUCUAUGAUCUGGAGUAAUAACACAGCCAAAAGCUGGAGUUUCCCCCAUUUCCACUCUUACCUCCAGGGGUAGAAACUUUCCCUCUCCCCAUUUCCAGAGCUGGAACUCACUCCUCUCCCCCCAUCACACUUCUGCUAUCUCUAAGGCUGGAACUAUCCCUCUAUCUUCUGCCACCACCCCAUCUCUAGGGUGGUAAAAUGGAUUGUGAAAUCUCUGGGGCUGGAACCCAUCUUCCAAAGUCUUGAGUGGCUCCAGCCCAUCUGUGUCUCCACCCUGACUCUGUGACGCAGUCCACUGGGUCUGUGACCCAUGGCCACUGGGGUUGGGGGCUGGGACAGGAGCAGGCCUGUCAAAAGGAGCUGGAGCCAGUAUGCAACACAGCUGUAAUGGUCUGAGCGGAUUUAUUGACAGUGAAUAAAGGGCACUAAGCCCAAGCCAGGGCCUGGACCUCUUUUGCCAAGAGGGCAGGGGGCCUAAGGUGCUAUUGCUUUAGGGGCCCACCAAGGGCAGGGGCCUGCUCCCAGCUGCCACGCUCUAGCAAAUGGAGCGAGGUAAUGGGGAAGGGGUCAGGCAGCCUGUUGGCAGGCAGGGGAUGUGAAAGAGACUGAGGGAUGGGGUUGAGACUUCUCCCGAGGUCCCCCAGCCUGAGGCCAUGCAACUCCAGAUGGAAGUAGAGCUGGUUCCUCAGGUGGGGGGCAGUGCUGUCCAGUGGGGAGGAGGGCCUUCAUGCCCACCCACCCCCUGGCCCUGCCAGCUGGUAGUCCAUCAGCACACUGAAGAAGGAGGCUUGGAGGAGAGGAAGGGUAACAGUGUUGCUUUCUAUUUAGGAUGUGUCUCAGCUUUUCCCCUGGGGGCUGCAGGACCUUCCCUGUCUGCUGGAGCACAUGCCCGCUCCCCACCACUAAACCAAAGAAUUUGUAGCAAAGGCCAUCCUGGGGAGUACAGUGAGCUAAUGGGCUUAGGUGGUGUAAGUAGGGGGUGGGAAGAUGAGAUUAUCUGAUUUGGGGCCCAGGCAGACUCACCUCACACACCCCCUGCUCCCCGUGGUGGGGACACCUGUGAGAGAGAAGU